UCGAAGAACAAAGACGGAGUCGUUCUUAGUGCGCAUGUGUAGUGCGGCUGAGUUCCGACAACUGACAGACGACAAAAUUAAGAAAAAGUACCAAGGUUUUUGAAAGUGAAAAUAUCCUACAAAAGCGGCGACAUUGACACGAGAAUGCCUUCCGAGAUUGGGAGAUACUGACUGUAAGGAGAAGAAACCAUGGCCUGCGCGAGGGUCCCAUUGGACGAGCAGCAGGUGAUAGAGCGAGACGCGCUGGGCAAGGAGCGCUCGCUGGCCGCACUGCACCCUGACAGAAAGGAGGAGCGCCUCUUCGUGCCUUACGUGCCACUUCCGGCUGACCCCUGUCCGGCCGAUGCAGAGGAGUUCCUGGAACGUGGGCGCUUCAUCUUGGAGGAUCUGGAAUGGCUACUCGCGUUGCCGCAUGACAAAUUUUGGUGUCAGGUCGUGUUUGACAGAUCGCUGCAGAAUUGCUUGGACUCGUACGUCCAGCACGCCCCGCGCGGCCUGGAUCUGGCCUCAGCGCCCACGUUUCCGGCGGUGGCCCAGACUCAGCACUCGCUCCACCAUGCUGUCUUCUUGACCUUCCUCAGGAUGUCCACGCACAAGGAGUCUAAGGAGAACUUCAUCACGCCCGCCGCGUUUGGGGAAAUCCUCUACGAGAACUUCCUGUUUGACGUUCCCAAAAUGAUGGACCUGUGCGUGCUGUUUGGGAAGGGCAACGCUCGGCUGCUGCACAAGAUGAUCGAGAACAUCUUCAUUCAGCAGCCAUCUUACUACAGAGACCUGGAUGACACCGUCCCCACUAUUUUGGAGGUGUUAGACACCAUCGUGGAGAAAUGCGGCCUCCGCUGCGACGGCGCCACCGCUGCCCAACCCAUGAAGCUCAACGGCCACAAGCAGCUGACCGCCGUCAGCAUGACUCAGCGAGACUUUGUGGACAUUGUUCUGUACCUGUGCGACGCAAGCAGUACCUUGCACGCCUUCCUGAGCGUCUUCCCCGCCGCUUGCGCCACUUUCCACUCGCACGGCUUCCUCUGCAGGCUGACUUCUUUCUAUGAGAGCGUUGUGCCCGACCUGGAAGAUGCCUUGACCAAGAGGAACUUUGAAGAUACAAGUCUUCAGGAAGACAUGUGGCAGAGGUUGUCCCACUCGCGCCGCAGGAUGUUGGAGACUGCUCACCUGCUGCUACACCACGCCUGCCUGCAGCCGAUUCUGGAAGGGGCGGAAAACAAGCAAGCAUUUGCCGAAGAGCUGCUGCAGCACUUCACGUCGUUUUUGUCUGAGAAAAGGUUUUUGUGCGAUUACGACGAACUGUUUCCCAUUGCGGACGAUGUCAGCCUCCUUCAACAGGCCCUUCCUGCCAUCGAUGAGACCAGGACGUCCUACCUGCUCCAUGGUGUCCACAGUGUCUGGGACAGCGUGGGCAGACGCAAACCACCAUGCACGGUGUCCUCGUCCCAGCCGGCCAAUCGGGGAGCGCCGGGCGAAACCUUACUCGCCAUCGAUCGGGAUGUAAGGGAAUCAGAUGGUGGCAGAGUGUGUCCGGCAGGAGCUGAGGCCUCAAAUUGGAUGCCGGACGCUCCCCGUAAAGGAACCAAUGGGGACAUUUGUCCCGUGAGUGAGGCAGAGUUGGAGUCGCUAGUGUCGUGCAUCCGGGACCUGCUGCCUGACCUGGGUGAGGGCUUUUUGCUGGCGUGCCUGCGGGAAUACGGCUACAACUCGGAAGUGGUCAUCAACAACAUCCUGGAGGGGCGACUGGCACCUGAGCUGGACGUGCUGGACCGCGCUAUGCCCAGGUCAUCCCACGUAAACAGCAGCACAGUAGAACCACACAAGCCGGUGAAAGAAGCUCUCCCUGGCGUCUUGAACAGCAGAUCCAACGUGUAUGACGACGACGAGUUUGACGUCUUCCGCAGGGAUCGCGUGGACAUGACGCGCGUCUCGAAAGGAAGGAGGAAAGGCGAGAGCAUGAUGGAGCUGCUCAACGACAAGCAGCACAUAUCUGAGCAGCGCGUUCGUUACCAGGCCUACCAGACGGUAGUGGACGAGGUGCAGCUGCAGGCGGGAGACGCGGCGGGGGCGGCGGCUAGCUACAGCACGGGCGACGACUACGAUGAUGAGUAUGACGACACGUAUGACGUGAAUCAAGUGGGAGCCAACGACCUGGACGGAGACAGCCUGCUGACCAGGAGACCUUUCACGGUGCCCCGAGUCCUCCAGAGAGCAAAUAACGCUGAGGAAGCAGAGAAUGACGAAGAACAAGAGGACCUAGCACUGCAGAGCAACAUGAACAAGGACCAAUUCAUUCAGGACCCGGCGCUGCUGAGGGCGCGAGCCGGGGCCAGACGAGCUGCCAUGCAGCAAAGGAAAGGCAUCCAGCCGGAGCGUCCCAGCCACGUGGUGGGCCGUUCUAAAGGCCAGGGACAGACGCUGGACACAUUUCUGGACAGACGCAAGAAGGAGGCCAACAAGGGCCGCGGGGCCAACCACAACCGGCGUAACAUGGCCGACCGCAAGAGGAGCAAAGGUAUGAUCCCCUCGUGAUCGGACCUUCCCGAAAAGAAGCGGACUCCUCUUUUGUUUCAUGACUGAGGCUCCCAUCUUUGGACAAAUAAUUGAUGUGAUUGGAAACCAAAGGAGCAAAGUAGCCAGCACAUGUUUACUUUGCAAUGAAAAAGCAAAAUGUGGCACAAAGUGGACGUUAAUUGCAUUGACGUUUGCAAAUCACAAAUUGAUGAUUUUUGUACACAAACCUGACCUGUCAGCACUUUGUAACCGCAGCACAUGGAAAAUGCUUGCAAUAAAUACUUGAAUAAGGUCUCCACCCCCAAAA